AUGGCAGAACACACUCCCGCUCCGACGCCUUCACGUGCCAUCUAUGGAUUCUGUUUGUUCCUGCUGUUUAAGACGCUGUUCAUAUUGUACGUACUGUGGGCAUUUAUUCCAACUUCCGUUUUGGACGGUUUUGGGUUGACUUACCUUCCUGACAAAUACUUUGCCCUGUUCGUUCCGAUUCUGGUGCUGGUGGGGCUGACAUUUUUCGCAUUCCUGAUCUAUCCGUCGCUGUCGCUCGCGAUGAUGCCGGAUGUGGACGCGGUCUGCACCAUCACGGAUCGCUUCUCGAUCGUCCGCUGUCAGUACCAGUAUCCGGAUCGGCAACGGUGCAAUCAGAAAAUCGACGGAGUCUACCGGGACAGCUGGGCGGCGAAACCGUUCUGUUCGAAGCACUCGAUCCGGGUGACGACGGCUAGUGAUUUGAGAAGCAGCGUCAGAAUAUCGAACUAUUGCGAUUGUCCCGAGGAGGAACGUUGUUUGCUUCGGAAGGAUCCGGGACAUUUGGCGAGAUUGCGGGUGAAACAGAUGGUACCGGCGGUGGCGGAUUUAAACCUGGGGGAGGUGAGUCGUGUGCUCUACCGGAAGCGGAGACGAAUGAACUAAGCUACUGAAACCAAAUAAAACGCGUCAUUCUUGGAAGAAAUUUA